ACAGAGCUUGGGAACGGACUGCUUUUCCCUGCGUAUGUGGAUUCCCAGGGUAGUCAGGAUUUUUUUUUUUUCCUGUUUUUUCUUUUUUUCGGUCUCGACUAUCAGCUGCUUUGGAGAUUAGUUUCAUAGUAAGGAUUCUUUCUUUAAAGCAACAUGAAGCGACUGUUUUCACAGGGGCACCAGACCCUUCGCUUUUACACUGUCCGAAGCCAACAUGUCACUGAAAAGUGAGCCAAGUGCAAAUACCACUGCGCUGCAGAAAAUCGCUGCCGACAUGAGUAAUUUGAUAGAAAACCUGGACACGCGGGAGCUCCACUUUGAGGGAGAGGAGUUGGAUUGUGAUGUGUCUCCCAGUGAUCCCAAGGCACAGGAAGUGUCUAUCCCUUUCUCUGCUAUUUAUAAGACUCAAGGAUUUAAGGAGCCUAAUAUACAGACGUACCUCUCUGGCUACCCAAUAAAAGUCCAAGUUCUGGAAGUGGAGCGCUUUACAUCUACAACAAGGGUUCGAAGUAUCAAUCUUUACACUAUUGAAUUAACACAUGGGGAAUUUAAAUGGCAAGUUAAAAGGAAAUUCAAGCACUUUCAAGAAUUUCACAGAGAGCUCCUCACAUACAAAGCCUUUAUUCGAAUCCCCCUUCCCACCAGAAGACACACAUUUAGAAGACAGAAUGUCAAAGAAGAGCCUCGAGAGAUGCCAAGCUUGCCCCGUUCCUCAGAAAACAUGAUCAGAGAAGAACAAUUCCUUGGUAGAAGGAAACAACUGGAAGAUUACUUGACAAAGUUACUGAAAAUGCCCAUGUACAAAAACUAUCAUGCAACAACAGAAUUCCUUGGUAUAAGCCAGCUGUCUUUCGUCCAUGAUCUGGGACCAAAGGGCAUAGAAGGCAUGAUAAUGAAAAGAUCUGGGGGACACAGAAUACCAGGCUUGAAUUGCUGUGGUCAGGGAAGAGCCUGCUACCGAUGGUCAAAAAGGUGGUUGAUAGUAAAAGAUUCCUUUUUACUGUAUAUGAAACCAGACAGUGGUGCUAUUGCCUUUGUCCUGCUGGUGGAUAAAGAAUUCAGAAUUAAGGUGGGGAGGAAGGAGACAGAAACGAAAUAUGGACUCCGAAUUGAUAACCUUUCAAGGACACUUAUUUUAAAAUGCAACAGCUACAGACAUGCUCGAUGGUGGGCAGGGGCUAUAGAAGAAUUCAUCCAGAAACAUGGAACCAACUUUCUCAAGGAUCAUCGAUUUGGGUCAUAUGCUGCUAUCCAGGAGAACACUUUAGCUAAGUGGUAUGUUAAUGCCAGAGGAUAUUUUGAAGAUGUUGCAAAUGCAAUGGAAAAGGCAGAAGAAGAGAUUUUCAUCACAGAUUGGUGGUUGAGUCCAGAAAUCUUCCUGAAACGCCCAGUGGUUGAAGGAAAUCGUUGGAGGUUGGACUGCAUUCUUAAACGAAAAGCACAACAGGGGGUGAGGAUCUUCGUAAUGCUCUACAAAGAGGUGGAACUUGCUCUUGGAAUCAAUAGUGAGUACAGCAAGAGGACCUUAAUUCGUCUACACCCCAACAUAAAGGUGAUGAGACACCCAGAUCAUGUGUCGUCCACUGUCUAUCUGUGGGCUCAUCAUGAGAAACUUAUCAUCAUUGACCAAUCGGUGGCCUUUGUGGGUGGGAUCGACCUGGCCUAUGGAAGGUGGGAUGACAAUGAGCACAGGCUCACGGACGUGGGCAGCGUGAAGCGCGUCACCACGGGACCAUCUCUGGGUUCCCUCGCAGCUGAAACAUCAGAGUCUAUGGAAUCCUUAAGCCUCAAAGAUAGAAACAAAUCUCCUAAAAAGCUGCCCAUCCUGAAGAGUGUUAAUGACACGGAUUCAAAACUGAAAGGAAUAGGAAAGUCUAGAAGGUUCUCCAAAUUUAGCCUCUAUCGGCAGCUGCAGAGGCACCACCUGCAAAGCACGGACAGCAUCAGCAGCACUGACAGCAGCUCCAGUUACUGUAAUCACUGUAGAAGUCGUCAGAAUUUAAUCCAUGGUUUAAAACCCCACUUGAAACUCUUUCGCUCUUCCAAUGGUUCUGAGCAGGGACUCGCUAGACCUAACGUUGACACGGGCUCUGUCCGCAGUUUGCACACAGGCGUGGGAGAGCUGCACGGGGAAACCAGAUUCUGGCAUGGGAAGGACUACUGCAAUUUCGUCUUCAAAGACUGGGUUCAGCUUGAUAAACCUUUCGCUGAUUUCAUUGACAGGUACUCCACUCCCCGGAUGCCAUGGCAUGACAUUGCUUCUGUGGUCCACGGGAAGGCAGCUCGUGAUGUGGCACGUCACUUCAUACAGCGCUGGAACUUCACAAAGAUUAUGAAAUCAAAAUAUCGAUCCCUUUCUUAUCCAUUUCUGCUUCCAAAGUCUCAGACAACAGCCCAUGAGUUGAAAUAUCAAGUGCCUGGGUCCGUCCAUGCUACCGUACAGUUGCUCCGCUCUGCUGCUGAUUGGUCUGCUGGGAUAAAGUACCAUGAAGCGUCCAUCCACACCGCUUACGUCCAUGUGAUAGAGAACAGCAAGCACUACAUCUAUAUAGAAAACCAGUUUUUUAUCAGCUGCGCCGAUGACAAGAUUGUGUUCAAUAAGAUAGGAGAUGCCAUUGCCCAGAGGAUACUGAAAGCUCACAGGGAAAGCCAGAGAUACCGGGUGUAUGUUGUGACACCACUUCUGCCAGGGUUUGAAGGAGACAUUUCAACCGGUGGAGGAAGCGCUCUCCAGGCAAUAAUGCACUUCAACUACAGAACCAUGUGCAGAGGAGAAAAUUCCAUCCUUGGAAAGUUAAAAGCAGAGCUUGGCAAUCAGUGGAUAAAUUACAUAUCAUUCUGUGGCCUUAGAACACACGCAGCGCUUGAAGGAAACCUCGUCACUGAGCUUAUUUAUGUCCACAGCAAGUUGCUAAUAGCAGAUGACAACACUGUUAUUAUUGGCUCUGCCAACAUAAAUGACCGAAGCAUGCUGGGAAAGCGUGACAGUGAAAUGGCUGUCAUUGUGCAGGACACGGAGACAGUCCCUUCGGUAAUGGAUGGAGAAGAGUACCAGGCUGGCCAGUUUGCCCAAGGACUUCGGCUCCAGUGCUUUAGGGUGGUCCUUGGCUAUCUUUUUGAUUCAAGUGAGGACAUUCAGGAUCCAGUGAGUGACAAAUUCUUCAAAGAGGUAUGGGUUUCAACGGCAGCUCGAAAUGCUACAGUUUAUGACAAGGUGUUCCGGUGCCUUCCCAAUGAUGAAGUCCACAGUUUAAUUCAGCUAAGAGACUUUAUAACCAAGCCCGUAUUAGCGAAAGAAGAUCCCAUUAGAGCUGAGGAAGAACUGAAAAAGAUCCGUGGGUUCUUGGUGCAAUUCCCCUUGUAUUUCUUGUCUGAAGAAUGCCUACUGCCUUCGAGGGGAACCAAAGAAGCCAUGGUGCCCAUGGAGGUUUGGACUUAAGAGUUCUGUUCAUUUGCAGCUCAAGGACUUAUACCCUGAAGAGUACACUGCACACAGUGACUUUCUGGAGACCUAACAUACAAAGACGGCCCGAUGUACUCUUGUAUCCAACUCAUGGACCCUUUGGGUUGGCUGGGAAGGGCUGCGGUCACACUGACGCAAGGACACGGGUCAUCAAUAGGGCUUUAUCAUUCCUCCUGCCUGGUCUUGUGAAAAAGGGACCGACUGCAUUCUUAUUGCUUAGCAUAUACUCAACGACUUAAACACACACUCAAAUUCCAUGAUGUACACCAAGGUGCAUUUCCUUUGCUAACAAGAAUUUACCUGUAACUGUGGUCUAGGUUGCCAAAAGUUGUCUGAAACUCCUUAUUCUUCUCUGACUCAUGUAUGCAGCCGAUGUCUGCUGGACCUGCCCUCGUUUCAUAGUCCAUAUAGGUACUGUUUGAGAUCUGAGGUGUUGCUAUGCAAUAUCGUGAUGCUCCUUCAACGUUUUUCAAGGUCAUGGGGAAGUCCAUCUGGUCCUGAAGUAAUAGUGUUCACCCAGCAAGGAUACGGCCAUUAUUCCUUCUCAGUAACUGACAGGACAGGACAGACUUUUGUCUGCACAGCAGCCCAUGUUAGGGAUUUCUAAUAACAAUGACACUAUGUAUCUUGACACCACAGAACACAGGAAGGAACUGAAUUCAGUUACUGAGCCAGAGAUUUCACUGUGCCUCCAAAGGCACUGAUAAGAUAUGUCCCUCUGACAGGGGCCACCCGAUCAAAUUUGAGAACAUGCAAAGGAUUUUUUUAUUGCACGGCAAUCGAUAAAACUCAAAGACGGAGCAUGCAGCCUUCAGAAACCACCAAGGUGUCAGUGGGGCUCUGAUUCCCCAAAAGAAGAUUCCUUAAGAAUCCUGUAAAAUGUCCUGUCCUUCUUAGCUGCUGGAUUGAUUGAAAUUUGAGUUUUCACAUUUGAGAAUCAAACCAGUGAACACAGUUUGUCUUUCAAGAGAAUCAGAGGCUUCAUAACUCAUACCGAGUUAAUAAGUAUGAUUCUAACCUUAUUUGACAUUUAGCUUUGAUUUGACAAUUAUCUUCUUAAAGAAAAAUUGAUUGCAAAAUAUGUGCUAUUUCACUUGUAUUAUUAAAUAUACAUUAACAUUCCACCAGGGCUUGCAAUGAGGUUAGGAUAGUCAUUAAUGCACAUUGUCCUAAUCUGUGAAUUGUUCUGGAAACCCAUUUUUCCUUUCUUGGAUGUUAGAGUACCCUUUGGUACACCAUAGCUCUAAUUUACUAACCAGAACUAUUCUUAUAGCCUCAGGAGUGAAUGUGGGUUCGCUACAAGCUUGUGCCCAUAACACAUGGGGUAGGUGCUAUGCUUACAUCUGUGGAUUACCUGGAUUACAGAAUCUCAUUUGGGUUGUUCAAAGAAGCAAGGAGCCAAUCCCUGUUUUCAUGGAGCUAUAUAUUAAUAGUCCAGUGGAAAAGGUUACAUAGGGGCACAAAGUCAAUGAUCUGGGUUAGUAGGAGAGAGAGUGUGACACCCAAGAGAGGAUGUCACCGCUAAAGAACCUUUCACAAAUGAGGUAAAAUGAUAAAACCAACAAUGGAAAUGAGUAUGCUUUUAUGAAUAAAUAACUUUGUUCUCAGAUGGCUGAAGAUGGUAAAAUAACUUCAUUCUCUAGCAGUUGUAAAGAAGACAUUUGCUAUUUAUGAAGUUUAGAUUGGCAUUUAAAGCAUUGAGUGUGAAAUGACCUACGGAUUUGUUAUAUUUUAUUUAAAAAAAUUUUUUUAAACCAUAGAACAUUCUGUAAACUGGCUCUUGAUUUUGUGCAAGAAGCUCCCAUAAAACCAUGAAAAAGAAGAGCCUGAAAGAGCCCUUUACCUUAAAAAAAAAAAAAA